UAUCGCCUCUAACUCCCUCAAUCCCUCUGCCAGUCCUCCGCCGUCGCCGGACGCUCUCACUCACUCUGUCUCCGGCCUCCCUCAGUCGCUCAGUCCCUAAUCUCCACCUCCAUCCCGCCGCCUCCGAAAUCCGCCGUCUCACCCUCGCCUAUCACAUUCUAACCAUCGCGCCAUCGCGCGUUCUGCUCUGCUCUGCUCCCUCGCUCGCCGUCCAUCUGCGGCUUCACUUCGAAAGUCAGCUGAAUUCAAUGAAGGUUCUGCAAUUGGGCUUGAUGCUCGCUCUGAUCUGUGGAUUUGCAGCUAUUUCCAUCUACAUCACUGGAAUCUCUCAAUUCUCUGUAUGUAUGUAUGUAUCUCGCAGGUAUCAGCUUACAGAUGAAGACACGGAAGCAUUGCUUUCUCUGCAUGACACUUUCGAGAAGUGCGUGAGUGCAAAUGGACUUGGGUUGAAAGCAGCCAAGGGAAGUGAUUAUUGCCAAACCACUAUAACCUUUCCCAGUGACACUAUCCCCAAAUGGAAAGAUCCCAAGACUGGUGAACUUGAAGCUCUAUCGUUUGAUUUUAAUCUCUGUGAAGCUGUGGCUACUUGGGAACAGGUUCGGAACAGUACUACUAUAUUGACCAAGGAAUUUAUUGAUUCUUUACCAAAUGGAUGGGAAGAAUAUGCUUGGCGUAGGAUCAAUAAAGGAAUACUUCUUAACCGCUGCCAGAACAAGACCUUGUGCUUGGAGAAACUUUCACUUGUGCUUCCUGAAACACCACCAUACUUCCCAAGGCAGUUUGGGCGCUGUGCUGUUAUUGGUAAUUCGGGAGAUCUAUUGAAAACAAAAUUUGGGCAGGAGAUAGAUGGUUAUGAUGUUGUCAUAAGGGAAAAUGGUGCUCCAAUACAGAAUUACACUGAGUAUGUGGGUCGGAAAAGCACAUUUCGCCUUCUGAACCGAGGAUCUGCCAAAGCGUUGGAUAAAGUUGUUGAAUUAGAUGAACAAAGGAAAGAGGCUUUGAUAAUAAAAACAACGAUUCAUGACAUCAUGAACCAAAUGAUUCGGGAACUUCCUAUAAGAAAUCCUCUGUAUCUCAUGCUAGGUGCAUCCUUUGGUUCAGCAGCAAAAGGAACUGGGCUUAAGGCUCUUGAAUUUGCACUCUCUAUGUGUGAUUCUGUGGAUAUGUAUGGUUUCACUGUGGAUCCUGGGUAUAAAGAAUGGACAAGAUAUUUCUCCGAAUCUCGUCAAGGCCAUACCCCAUUGCACGGUAGAGCUUACUACCAAAUGAUGGAAUGCUUGGGACUUAUCAAAAUCCAUUCUCCCAUGCGAGCUGAUCCGAACCGUGUUGUAAAAUGGGUUCCAAGCAACCACAUGAUAAGGGAUGCCAGGAUUGCCUCAGAGAAAUUAUUGGGGAGAGUUGGAGCAGGAUCUGGAAAUCCAUUGAGUGCAUGUUCCAUUAUUAAGAGGCAAGUUAAAAGAAAUCCAGAUACAAUUUCAAAGCUCAGAAAGGCAGCACAGGAUCAUAUGAGGUAUGUGAAGAGCACAACCAUGUAUCCACUAGAGCAUAAUCCUGGACAUGGGUUACUAUGCACCGUGCCUUCUGCCAAGUGAUUGGAAUGUCGAAAGGUUUUUUGCGUUCGGCUCCUUCUGUUGGAAAUCAUCUAACCAGUGAUUUAUUAAUUAUCUGUUCAUUUCUGCAAAAUAUGUGUCAAGUACAUAGAAAAAUGGCAAUGAAGCUUCAUUCUCAUCAAUCUCUCAUAUUCAUUCCUCAUUCCUUUCUCUUCUCCUCAUUUUGUUUUGAAAAUGUUAGACGACUUGCAUUUCUUUAGAGUGAAAGAUGAUAACAGCUACAACAAUUUUGUUGCGUUUGUACUCUGCUUAGUUGAACUAUAAUGAG